AUGAAUGCGACUGUGGACGUGACAACCUUUGUGGAAGCAAAUGUGACAGCAGGCAACAGGCAAAGCCUCAGCUAUGUCCUCAGUGCCAGGGAACGACAGAUUGUGGAAGCUGUCUUCUAUGCUGGUCUUACCACCCUUGUGUGUCUGGUGGGCAUACCCAACAACAUCAUCAACUGCCUGGUGUUCUGGCGACAGGUUUCAUUCCAAGCUAGGAUGGUUGUGAUUGCAGAAAAGAAACACUGGCUUUUCCUCCCGACACGAUUUUACCGUGACAACGGUAAGUUCUUCAACACUUUGAUAUACACCGUGCUUGGCGCUGCAUUUCCUGUGUCCACCUUCUUAGUGGUGACAGUGAUGACAACUGUCACAGUCAUAAGACUGAGAGCUGCCAUGAAGUGGCGAAAGAAAACAAGUUCUACUACUAGUGACACUGUCGGUCAGCAGGUGGCGCUGACAGUCAUGCUAGUGACUGUUUCCUGUAUUCAAAUUGUGACACUGGCGCCGUCAGUGGUUUGGGAACUAGUCUUGUAUUUCAUGAUGAAUCUUUUCUCCACUGAACCGUUUUAUGAACUGUUUAAGGCCUUGAGUGCCGUCGGAAAUGUCUUUCCUGAAAUAAACAGUUCGGUAAACUUCUUUGUCUAUUAUACUCGUUCGUCCCGAUUUCGGGCGACCGUUAACCAGAUCUUUGCCAAAAAGAAAGAUUUGGUUAUGUGUAUAAGUAAUGUGGGUCUUUUACUUGUAACUGUCAAUAGGCGCAGUCUGCGUAUCCGAGAUGGGCCAUGGAGUCCUCGAAGGUUUAGGGAGGGAAACGUGACUUCAGAAGUUGUUUCAGGUUGGAGUGUUGUCAGUCGUGAGGUUCGUGAGGUUGUAGAGGCGGUAUUUUACGCCGGUUUAUCAACACUAGUAUGCAUCAUUGGCAUCCCCACCAACAUCAUCAACAUCGUUGUGUUCUGGCACCAGGGCCUUAGAGACCGCAUGAACCUCUGUCUUUUUGCCCUCGCCCUCGUGGACUGUGUUUAUCUAUUAUGUGAAUUCAUCAUGUACCCUAUAGGUUCUUUUAUAAUUUUUUACGACAGUGCGCUUGGCAAUGAAUAUCAAACAAAAUUUAUUGCGGCGUUGUUUGGAGUUUCUUCAACAUUCCGAUCGACCUCGAGGUUCAUCGGUGUCAUCAUCGCCGUGGAGAGGUGCGUAUGUGUGGUAUCUCCGCUUAUAGCAUCGACGAUCAUGAAGACAAGCGCUAUGGCGAUAACGAUUUUCACCGCUUUUCUCUUUUUUCAGUCCUGUUAUGUUUUCCAUCCACUUUCUUUUCAAGCUCAGUCUGUCGUGAUAGGAGGUGAAACGUACUGGAUGUUUCUUAGAACAGACUUUGAAAUCCAAAACGAGAAGCUCGUUCAGUCUUUGUUAUUCACGGUUCUCGGUUUCUUUAUUCCUGUUACUUCGCUUUUUAUAGUGACAGUAGCGACUUUGAUCACAGUUCACAGACUGAGAGCCGCCAUGGCGUGGCGGAGGAAGACAAGCUCCACUACUAGUGACAGUGUUAGCCAACAGGAGGCGCUGACAGCGAUGCUUGUGAUUGUCUCGGGCAUCCACAUCGCCACCCUUGUUCCUUCUGUCACUUGGGAGCUGGCUUUGUAUUUUACAGCCAAUUUAUUUGCUGAAUCUUCCUUGUGGGAACUUAUGAAAACCGUCAGUGCUAUUGCCAACGUCUUUCCAGAAAUCAACAGUGCUGUUACCUUUUUUGUCUAUUAUUUUCGCUCUUCUCGGUUUCGAAGCAUUUUGCAUCCAACAUCCAGGAAAGCCGAUACCAAAACAGCUUCCUCGGUAUUCACCAAAGAUACUGUGUUACAGAAAGACAUUCAAAAGUAG